ACAUGGAGGCUAUAUUCCACGAAAAACAAGAAGGCUCGUUGUGUGCCCAGCACUGCCUAAAUAACUUGCUUCAAGGGGAAUAUUUUACUCCGGUUGAUCUGUCGUCCAUCGCCCAGCAGUUAGAUGAAGAGGAGAGGAUGAGGAUGGCUGAAGGUGGAGUGCAAAGUGAGGAGUACAGGACCUUUCUAGAGCAACCUUCUGGAAACAUGGAUGACAGCGGCUUCUUUUCAAUUCAAGUUAUUAGUAAUGCUUUAGGAGUGUGGGGUUUGGAGCUGAUCCUCUUUAACAGCCGUGAAUACCAGCGACUAAUGAUAAACCCAGUAAAUGAAAAAGCCUUUAUAUGUAACUACAAAGAGCAUUGGUUUACAGUUCGAAAACUUGGACAUCAGUGGUUCAAUUUGAACUCGUUGUUAACGGGACCAGAGCUGAUCUCUGAUACAUACCUUGCACUUUUCCUGGCACAAUUACAGCAAGAAGGCUAUUCCAUUUUUGUGAUUCGGGGAAACUUGCCAGAAUGUGAAGCAGACCAGCUUUUGCAGAUCAUGAGGGUGGAACAGCAUCAUCGACCAAAACUUAUUGGAGAGGAUGAGGCUCAGACCAGUGGUCCAAGAAACAUGGGCCAGCAUGUAGUCGAGACUAGGUAUGGUGUUCAAGAUGGUGUGAUAAAUGAGGAUGAUGAUGAGUUAAAGAAGGCCUUGGCACUUAGCAGACAGGAUAUAGAUGUGGAAGAUGAGGAAGCUGAUCUGCGCAGAGCUAUACAGCUCAGCAUGCAAGGUGCCUCAGGGAGCAGCAAUCCUGUACCUUCCAAGGAUGCUGGUAUAGUUGUAACUCCAGGCUCAACAGGGAGCACUACAGCUGGCGAAACAGAAAGCCUUAGUGCAGAAGAGCUUCGCAAGAGGAGACAGGCGUACUUUGACAGGCAGUCCCAGCAACAGAUGCAGUCCACCUCGCCACAGCAACAGGACCUUAAACCAACUGCUUCAGGUGCAGAACAGGAUGGUGAAAAUCAAAGCAAGCAGUAAGGGCAGUGGCCUUGGGGACCUAUAGUCAGAACUCGAUCACCCUCUUGCUGUUCCACCCACCUCUUAAAUAAGAGUGUCUUCUUCCUUCUAUGAACUGUCCCAGUGUGUAAAGAACAAGAAGGAACAGGUGGCCAUGCACCGACCCAGUCCUGUGGUUCCACUCUUAAGACUAUUACAUGGACAUAACUAACAUUCACACAAAAGGAGUCCCUAUUCUCAGAAAAUGGAGUUGUGCAUACUGCUAUUUUUCAUAGCUACGAUGAGGGAAAGGGCCUCAGGCCAGUUGUUCUCACUUAUGUGUGGUAUUUUUUUACCACAGCACUUUUACACAUGCUCAUGUAAUUUUCAUAACACUGAUCCAUCAUCAUCCUUCUGACUUAUAGUGGAUGUGUGAAUGGAACAGGUGUGCCUGAUGAUGUCUUCAGAUAGUGGUAAUGGAGAGGCCGCAUUUUCAGUGGAAAGUAAACUAAAAUCCUUUAAGGGGGCUGAUCAGGACCACUAGCAAUGUGUGUGAUUAUUGGGUUUAGCACAUCAUGUAUUAUCUACUUGUGUUGUUUAAGAUGGACCAUUACUGUAAAAAUUCUGCCACAUCUUGAAUGAAUUGGGAUCCUGUCUUAAUACCACUCUCUCUUUGGGUUGCAUUUAACAAAGGGUAUAGGAGAGCCUUUUUAACCAUGUCUUAUUUUGAAGAAAAUAGACAAGUUGUCAUAUUUUAUAUUGAACUGAAAUGAAGCCAUGUCUUUUCAUGAUCAGAAUACUCAAUGUUUAUAGGAAAGGCUACAAUGAUGGACAGUAUUUGCACUGUAUAGACGUGUAGCUCUCAGUAUAAUGACACCUACUGCCUUCAACUACCUUUGUUAGUCUCUGUGUAUCUGCUUGGGUUUGUGUGUAUGCACCAAUCUUGCAUAAACAGUACUGUUUAAAAAUG